AUGGGUACAACACGAGGACUUCCCGGGAGGUCACCCAGCCCAGUAGUGCUCUCGCCCACUGGGGGGGCCACUGAAGGGGGGGAUGUGAUAGUGAUAGAGGAGGAUGAGGUAGAGGACGGCAUGCACAUCGACGGGCCACUGGCCCAAUACCUCACGCUUGACGGCGAGGCUGACUCGGCCCCCCUGCAGCCUCGUGUCGAGGUCCCUGUAGCAUCCUGGGGGGCAGCCAAGGCCCUGGCCUUCUUGGCGGAGCCGUGCUCCCCGACCCCCACGCUGUUCCAUGGCCAGCCCCCCUCUCUGUCCCCAACGCCUGACACCACGCUUACAGACGGUCCGCCAGGAGAGCACGCGGGCACGGCGAGGGCAGAGCCUCCUACACCCAGCCCCAUCCUUGCCCCUCACCCCUCCUCGCCCCUUUCCUCUCCCCUAAGAGCAGCACACUCCCGCCCCCACCCUCAGGGGCUCCCUCUAGCAUCACGGGGAGCAGCCAGGGCCAUGGCCUUCUUGGCGGAGCCGUGCUCCCCGACCCCUAACACCAUCCAGUCACCCCCCACCAGCCCACUACCCCCACCCCCUCCAGGUCCUCCCCCACCCGGGGCUAUGCACAUUUCAGAGGUUCAAACCUCAACCCUGCCACACCCGCCUCCAUCCGCGCAUUGCCCCACACCCUACACACACCCAAAUCACCCAACUCGCCGCACAACCCCAACCCUCCCACCCUCCUCACACCAACCCCCCCAAGCAUCCAAGUCCCAACCACAAGGACCCCUGCCCCUAGCUCAGGGAGGCGACACCAUGGGCGCGGGGCCCACAGGAGGGGUUGCCAGUGGGAGGGGCUCUGGUGCCAACGUACAGCAUGGGGGCACAACCUCUGAACCUCAUUCCCCCCUCAAUCCCCCCCCUUCCACCACGCAGCCACCACAGACCUCACUCCCUCCACUACAAGCACCACGCCCUAACCGCUACAUUGCUCCAGCCCUUCGCCCCCCACCCACAACCCCCGCCUACAGCCUGCCUCACCACGAGUGGCCCCGUUGGGCAGACAUCGCCCCCCACAUACAGCCCACCACGGAGGGUGAUGUCAUGGGGAGAAGAGGGAUGCACACUGAGCUUCCUCUACCUAGCCAACCACCCAUCCUCCCCUCACCCAUCCCCUUAGCCUCUCAGCCCGCCCUUCCCUCACAACCAGACAGGGACAACCAAAACCAGGUUGGCCGUCGACGGAAGAAGAAAGGCAAAGGCGGCAAGGGGCCAGCUCACCUAAUCCCCCCUCCCUCCCUUCCCCUCCAGCCGCCCCUCCUCACCCCACAUCCCACUGAACCUGCACCAGGCCCUACCCCUACAUACCAACCACCAAACUCACACCCCCCUCCCGUACCUGCCCCUCCACAGGGCCAUGGGAGCGAUCCAGCCCACUCACCCCCGGGCCGCCUCUCCCUUCCUCUAAACCCCCCCCAGGUGGCGGCAGCCGUGUGCGCUGCCGGGAUGGAGGCCGACGGGAUGAGGGAUGCGCCCAUGGCAGACGCCACCGACUCCCCUUCCCAUGCCUCCCACCCCAUCCAUGUCGACAGCCCCCUACCACAACCCAUGGUCAUUGGGGAGGGCCAAGGGGGCUUUCUAGGGCAGGGUCCACACCCGGGCUCUGCUCAGCCAGCACGCCCCACCCCACCCUCUACCCUGCCAGCCCUCCUACCCUCACCAGCAGGCAGGCAGGUCACCGGGACCCCAGAGGAGGUGAGGGCUGCCAUCUCAGAUCUGCUGGCGAUACAGAGCCCGAGCAGCCCCCCGGCUGCCCCCACCCUACCAGUCCCACAGGUCCGGACCCGGACGUAUGCGGAGGUCACCCGUUCUGUCCCUUCUUUCAACCCCCCCACUACUCAGCCAGGCGCGUCACUCCCGUCCCCGAUGGAGACGGACCUGGUUCCGAGGCCGUGUCAUUCGCACCUAGACGUGGCGGCGCCUCCCCCCGUUCAGCCCGUUGCCGACACACUACCCGCGACGCAGGAGGGCACCAACAUUAGGGAUGAGGCAUCGGCCCCUGCCGAGACCCCUCCGCCUGGGGUAGCAGAGCCGCCACUUGGACCGCACCCCGCCGAGGGACAGGGGCACACCACGGCACACACUUCUGGCUCACCUCCACGUCCCCCCCCCCUAGCUUCGGGACCGGUACCGCCACGAGGCCCAGCCCCAUCCUGUGUGGCACCACCUUUAUCUUGUCCGACACCCCCCCUGCACGGGGCCGGCGAGUCCUCUCCUCCCCUUAUCCCAGGUGAUCCUCUUGGAGUUCAGGCCGCCCAUGGGGUCCCCUCUACAGCCAGUUCCGACGCCACGGCCCCGAUCGACCCCACCGACACGGCGACGUCACCCGACCAGGUCGUGAGAUGCCCCACCUGCAGGAGCUCUCUCGCGAGCCGACGCGCGCUUCAGCACCACACGCCCUUCUGCCAUCCUGCGGACGCAGCUCGUAGGGCACAGGCCCUCCACGACACCUCAUCUGUCCUCCCAUCCCUCUCGGAGCCACAGGGGACGAGGACGCAUUUCACAGAUGCACAGUGGCAGACGUUGGACUCCUUCGACUGGUCGGAGUAUUUCUCGCCAGAGCGCACCCACGCCCGCCCUCUCCGACGCAUUCCAACUAGGGUUCGCGGAGGAUAUCUUGACGUCCUCUGCACGAUCUUAGCCCGUGUAUCCCAGUAUCCCGAGGCUCCGGGCCCUACCUUCCUCCUCGCCGCUGCACCCACACUUCUCCUCAUGCAGGCGACCCCGCCAGACCGCUCGCACACGACUGCCAUCGCAGCACGGGUCUCCCGCUUCAUGCGAGGUGAGUGGACAGAGCUACUCUCUGAGGCCCUGAUCCGUCGCACCCCCCUUCCUCGACGCACAUCCCGGCGCGCACGUCCGGUCGCCACCCAGUCCACCGCAGAUGAGCGUCGCAUUGCACGUUGCCUCCGUCUGGCGGCGUGCAAUGAGACCUCACGGGCCUGCGCGGCUCUUGAGUCCGCGGAGGCCGCCCCAGAUACACAGGGGACGACGCAGCGCCUGAAGUCGAAGCACCCCAACGCGGAGAGGCCGACCCCAGCUUGGCUGUCGGACUACCAGGGGACUGCUCUCACAGCUCCUCGCCUUCUUUCGGCAUGUGUCAGCACUCGCCCGCAGUACCUGUCGAGGACUGUCCCUCCCUCACCCGCAGUGCUCUCUAGCUUCGCACGCUGGGACGCACACCUGGGAGAGACUUUUCAGCAGCUUUUAGCGUCAGGGACAUGGGCAUGCCGCGAGGACGUCAAAGAUGCCGCCAGCGACCAGAUCUUCCUCCCCAUCCGCCUUGGGGGUUUCGGCAUUCGUCGCAUGGAGCGCAUUGCCCCGAGCUUUGCUUCCGGUGAGACGGAGCAGAUCGACCCAUCCCUACGGACGACGCUGGAGGGCCUUCCACCUGACAUCCUCUCUCUCCUCCCACCCUGGCCCUCUUGUGCCUCUGCCUCCCCCGAUUCCCUUUUUGCAGGAGCGAGCCGCCUUCUGGAGGCGCAUGCCUUGGAGGCCGGGGCUGAGGCGGGACUGCCGGGCGGCGGGGCACAGUGGGGACAGCAUCAGCUGCGGGGUCGGGUGGCGCGAGGGGCAGGUGGGCAGAGGGGACGGCAGGGGGUGCAGACCAGCCAGGGCGGAGAGGGGGGACAGCAGAGGCAGCAGCAGGAGAGCCAGCACAGGUCGCAGGCUCAGGGCGCCGCGCCUCAGGGUGUGGGCUCGGGGGUGGGGCAGGGACGAGAGCAGCAGAGAGCGGACGGGGGUACAGGGGGGGCGGGGAGAUUGGGAGGUGAGGUUCAGGGAGUGAGAGAGGCAGCAGGGGAUCGAGCAGGGAGGUUGGGAGGUUUGGGGGAGGGUAGAGAGGGGGAGGGGAGAGGACAGGUGGGUGGAGGAGAGGAUAGGGGGAGAGAGACGACAGGAGAGGAGGCACCGAGGGACCAGACAGGGCAGCAGCCAGCGCAGCAGCAGGGACCAGCCGGACGCACAGGCCGUACAGGCACCUCCUCCCGCAUCCCAGACCUCACCUGCCGAGACGUUGGGCAGACUUUGAUGGUUCUUGUGGAUGUCUCCAUAGCGGAUCCACAGCGGGAGGGGAACGUGCAGCUGGGACGGGCGACCCCCACACAGAUUGGAGUGGCAGCAGCUAGGCGGGUGCAGGAGAAGCUGCGUCACUGGGGGCCGCACUUAGAGGGGUUGCAGCCGGCACCACACUUUUACGCGUGCGUGGCUGAGACCUUUGGCCUACUGAGCGAGCCGUUGCGUCAGUUCCUGGGGCUCUGCGCGAAGAGGAUAGCACAGCGGAGGAGGGAUUGGGGAGGAGGGGAUGACGGAUCAGCACGGAUAUUUGAGAUAGGACUCACUACACGUCUCUCCGUGGCACUGCAGCGCGCGCAGGCUCGAUGCAUCUUACAGCAUGCAUCACACCCCCUGCCCCCUCAUGCCACCCGCUCCCCCCGCCCCUACCCUCCGCGUGCCCGCUCCCUUGCCGCCUCUUUUGACCCUCCCUGCCCCCGCCUGCCCAUGCCCCUGUCUUUGGCUUCUCCCCUCCCUGCCCCACGUUUCUUCCCUCCCUGCCCCCCCUCUGCCCCUCCCUUGUUUUCCCCUCACCCAUUGCUUCUCCCCUCCCUGCCCUUGAUUUCCCGCACCCCUGCCCUUGUUUCCUACCAUCCAUGCUCCUCGUUUCCCCCCUUUGUACGUUCAGCCUCUUCCCUCCCUGCCCCUCCCUUCCUCCCCCCCUGCCCUUUGCUUUCCCCUCUCCCAUCCAACCGCCCCCACCCUCCCCCGGCUGCCCGUUUCCGCUCUCCACCCCCGCGACCGUGUGCGGCUUCCAACCGCCCAACGGUGGAGCCCCUCCCCACCCCACAUCCCGCUGAACCCUUACCAGGCCCUACCCCUACAGGCCGACCACCAAACUUACACUCCCGUCCCGCACCUGCACCUCCACAGGGCCAUGGGAGCGGACCAGCCCACUCACCCCCGGGCCGCCUCUCCCUUGCUCUACCCCCCCCCCAGGUGGUGGCGGCGGCCGCGAGCCCUGCCAGGAUGGUGGCCGACGGGUUGAGGGAUGCGCCCAUGGCAGACGCCACCGACUCCCCCUCCCAUCCCUCCCACCCCUUCCAUGUCGACGACCCCCUACCGCAACCCAUGGUGAUUGGGGAGGGCCAAGGGGGCCUUCUAGGGCAGGGUCCACACCCGAGCUCUGCUCAGCCAGUACGCCCCACCCCACCGUCUACCCUGCCAGCCCUCCUACUCUCACCUACAGACAGGCAGGUUAUCAGGACCCCAGAGGAGGUGAGGGCUGGCAUCUCAGAUCUGCUGGCGAUACAGCACCCGAGCAGCUCCCCGGCUGCCCCCACCCUACCAGCCCCACAGGUCCGGACCCGGACAUAUGCGGAGGUCACACGUUCUGUCCCUUCUUUUAUCCCCUCCGCUACUCAGCCAGGCGCGUCACUCCCGUCCCCAAUGGAGACGGACCUGGUUCUGAGGCCGGGUCACUCGCACCUAGACGGGGUGGCGCCUCCCCCCAUUCAGCCCGGGGCGCAGGAGGUCACCAGCAUUAGGGAUGAGGCGCCCGCCCCUGCCGAGACCCCUGCAGAGCCGCCACUUGGACCGCACCCCGCCGAGGGGCAGAGGCACACCACGGCACACACUUCAGGCUCACCUCCACGUCCCCCCUCCUUAGCUUCGAGACCGGUACCAGCAGGAGGCCCGGCCCCAUCCUGUGUGGCACCUCCUCUAUCUUCUCCGACACCCCCCCUGCGCGGGGCAGGUGAGUCGUCUCCUCCCCUCAUCCCAGGCGAUCCUCUUGGAGCUCAGGCCGCCCAUGGGGCCCCCUCUACAGCCAGUUCCGACGCCACGGCCCCGAUUGACCCCGCCGACACGGCGACAUCACCCGACCAGGUCGUGAGUUGCCCCACCUGCAGGAGCUCUCUCGCGAACCGACGCGCGCUCCAGCACCACACUCCCUUCUGCCAUCCGGCGGACGCAGCUCGCAGGGCACAGGCCGUCCAUGACGCCACCUCGAUCCUCCCUUCCCUCUCACAGCCCCGUGCGACUGGGAUACAGUUCACUGACGCAGAGUGGCAGACGCUCGACUCGGACCCGGAGGCUGCUGGCCCUACCUUCCUCCUCGCUGCGGCGCCGACCCUUUUCCUCGCUCCAGCGACGCCACCCGACCGCUCGCACACGGCUGCCAUUGCAACGCGCAUCUCCCGCUUUGGUCGAGGUGAGUGGGAUGAGCUACUCUCAGAUGCACUAGGCCGCCGCACACCCCUCUCUCGGCGCACAGGUCACUGGUCACGCACCGCCACCGAUCCCUCCACAGCAGAUGAGCGCCGCAUUGCACGUUGCCUUCGUCUGGCGGCGUGCAAUGAGACCUCUCGGGCCUGUGCGGCUCUUGAGUCCGCGGAGGCAGCCCCAGAUACACAAGGGACGAUACAGCGCCUGCGGUCGAAGCACCCCAACACGGAGAGGCCGACCCCAGCUUGGCUGUCUGGCUUCCAGGGGUCUGCUCUUGUGCUCUCGCCCCAGACAGCUGCUCGCCUUCUUUCGGCAUGUGUCAGCACUCGCCCGCAGUACCUGUCGAGGACCGUCCCUCCCUCGCCCGCAGUGAUCUCCAGUUUUACACGGUGGGACGCACGCCUGGGAGAGACUUUUCAGCAGCUUUUAGCGUCAGGGACCUGGGCUUGUCGUGAGGACGUCCGAGAGGCCGCCCUAGACCAGAUCUUCCUCCCCAUCCGUCUCGGGGGUUUCGGCAUUCGUUGCAUGGCGCGCAUUGCCCCGAGCUUCGCUUCUGGUGAGCCAGAGCAGAUCGACCGGGCUCUGCAGACGGCGCUAGAGGGUCUCCCACCUGACGUUCUCCCUCUCCUUCCCUCCUGGCCCUCUUGCGCUUCUGCCUCCCCUGAUUCCCUUUUUGCAGGAGCGAGCCGCCUUCUGGAGGCGCAUGCCUUGGAGGCCUCGGGACAGCAUCAGCUGCGGGGUCGGGUGGCGCGAGGGGCAGGCGGGCAGAGGGGACGGCAGGGGAUGCAGACGGGCCAGGACGUGGAGGGGGGACAGCAGGGGCAGCAGCAGGAGAGCCAGCGGGGGCCGCGGGCCCAGGGCGUCGCACCUCCGGGUGUGGGCUCGGGGGUGGGGCAGGGGCGAGAGCAGCAGAGAGCGAACGGAGGUACAGUGGGGGGAGCGGGAUCGGGAGGGGAGGACCAGGGAGUGGGAGAGGCAGCAGGGGAUCGAGCAGGGGGGUUGGGAGGGUUGGAGGAGGGUAGAGAGGGGGAGAGGAGAGGACAGCUGGGUGGAGGAGAGGAGAGGGGGAGAGAGACGACCGGAGAGGAGGCACCGAGGGACCAGACAGGGCAGCAGCCAGCGCAGCAGCAGGGACCAGUCGGACGCACAGGCCGGCGGGAGGGGAACGUCCAGCUGAGACGGGCGACCCCCACACAGAUUGGAGUGGCAGCAGCUAGGCGGGUGCAGGAGAAGCUGCGUCACUGGGGGCCGCACUUAGAGGGUUUGCAGCCGGCACCACACUUUUACGCGUGCAUGGCGGAGACUUUUGGCCUUCUGAGCGAGCCGCUGCGUCAGUUUUUGGGGCUCUGCGCAAAGAGGAUAGCACAGCGGAGGAGGGAUAGGGGUGGGGGGGAUGACGGAUCAGCACGGAUAUUUGAGGCAGGACUCACUACACGCCUCUCCGUGGCACUGCAGCGCGCGCAGGCUCAAUGCAUCAUCCAGCAUGCGGUGCGGCAGUUGGGGGGAUCCGACGACGGGUGGAUGCCCGCACCAGUCCCACUGAGUGCAGGGCAGGCCCCUACCCUCCGCGUGCCCGCUCCCUUGCCGCCUCUUUUGACCCUCCCUGCCCCCCUCGCCGUUUCCCACCGCCCGCCAUUCGCUCCUCCCCGCCCGUGCCCUCCCCUCGUUUCCCUUCUCCUCCCCCCUCCCCUCCUCUGCUGCACGCCUCUUCCUUCCCCUCGCCGACCCACUCCACUCCCUGCCCCUCCUCAAUCCGCACCCUGCCCCUCGUUUCUCGCCCCCCUAUGCUUGGCUUCUCCCCUCCCUGCCCCUCGCCGCCUUUCUCCGCUCCCCACCUCCCCCCUCUCUCUGCCCCCCCACUCUCCCCCCCUUGCCCUUGGCUUCCUACCUCCCUGCCCCACCUUUCCCCCCUCUGUGUGCUCAGCUUCUCCCCUCCCUGCCCCUCCCUCCUCCCCGCCCUGCCCCUCAUUUUCCGCCACCCCACGCCCGGUUUCUCACCUCCCCGCACCUCCCUUUCUUUCUCCGUGCCUCUCCUUUGCUCCCUCCCUGCCCCCGCCUGCCCAUGCCCCUGUCUUUGGCUUCUCCCCUCCCUGCCCCACGUUUCUUCCCUCCCUGCCCCCCCUCUGCCCCUCCCUUGUUUUCCCCUCACCCAUUGCUUCUCCCCUCCCUGCCCUUGAUUUCCCGCACCCCUGCCCUUGUUUCCUACCAUCCAUGCCCCUCGUUUCCCCCCUUUGUACGUUCAGCCUCUUCCCUCCCUGCCCCUCCCUUCCUCCCCCCCUGCCCUUUGCUUUCCCCUCUCCCAUCCAACCGCCCCCACCCUCCCCCGGCUGCCCGUUUCCGCUCUCCACCCCCGCGACCGUGUGCGUCUUCCAACCGCCCAACGGUGGCACGGACAACCAGGUUGGCCGCCGGCGGAAGAACAAGGGCAGAGGAGGCAGAGGGUCAGCCACCGUACUCCCCCCUCCCUCCCUCCCCCACCAGGAGCCCCUCCCCACCCCACAUCCCGCUGAACCCUUACCAGGCCCCACCCCUACAGGCCGACCACCAAACUUACACUCCCGUCCCGCACCUGCACUUCCACAGGGCCAUGGGAGCGGACCAGCCCACUCACCCCCGGGCCGCCUCUCCCUUGCUCUACCCCCCCCCCAGGUGGUGGCGGCGGCCGCGAGCCCUGCCGGGAUGGUGGCCGACGGGUUGAGGGAUGCGCCCAUGGCAGACGCCACCGACUCCCCCUCCCAUCCCUCCCACCCCUUCCAUGUCGACGACCCCCUACCGCAACCCAUGGUGAUUGGGGAGGGCCAAGGGGGCCUUCUAGGGCAGGAUCCACAUCCGAGCUCUGCUCAGCCAGUACGCCCCACCCCACCGUCUACCCUGCCAGCCCUCCUACUCUCACCUACAGACAGGCAGGUUAUCAGGACCCCAGAGGAGGUGAGGGCUGGCAUCUCAGAUCUGCUGGCGAUACAGCACCCGAGCAGCUCCCCGGCUGCCCCCACCCUACCAGCCCCACAGGUCCGGACCCGGACGUAUGCGGAGGUCACACGUUCUGUCCCUUCUUUUAUCCCCUCCGCUACUCAGCCAGGCGCGUCACUCCCGUCCCCAAUGGAGACGGACCUGGUUCUGAGGCCGGGUCACUCGCACCUAGACGGGGUGGCGCCUCCCCCCAUUCAGCCCGGGGCGCAGGAGGUCACCAGCAUUAGGGAUGAGGUGCCCGCCCCUGCCGAGACCCCUGCAGAGCCGCCACUUGGACCGCACCCCGCCGAGGGGCAGAGGCACACCACGGCACACACUUCAGGCUCACCUCCACGUCCCCCCUCCUUAGCUUCGAGACCGGUACCAGCAGGAGGCCCGGCCCCAUCCUGUGUGGCACCUCCUCUAUCUUCUCCGACACCCCCCCUGCGCGGGGCAGGUGAGUCCUCUCCUCCCCUCAUCCCAGGCGAUCCUCUUGGAGCCCAGGCCGCCCAUGGGGCCCCCUCUACAGCCAGUUCCGACGCCACGGCCCCGAUUGACCCCGCCGACACGGCGACAUCACCCGACCAGGUCGUGAGUUGCCCCACCUGCAGGAGCUCUCUCGCGAACCGACGCGCGCUCCAGCACCACACUCCCUUCUGCCAUCCGGCGGACGCAGCUCGCAGGGCACAGGCCGUCCAUGACGCCACCUCGAUCCUCCCUUCCCUCUCACAGCCCCGUGCGACUGGGAUACAGUUCACUGACGCACAGUGGCAGACGCUCGACUCGGUGGACUGGACAGAGUACUUCUCGUCCGAGCGUAUCCAUGCACGCCCUCUCCGGCGUGUCCCGGAGAGGGUCCGCGGAGGAUAUCUCGACGUUCUCAGUGCGAUCCUAGUCCGCAUUGCCCAGGACCCGGAGGCUGCUGGCCCUACCUUCCUCCUCGCUGCGGCGCCGACCCUUUUCCUCGCUCCAGCGACGCCACCCGACCGCUCGCACACGGCUGCCAUUGCAACGCGCAUCUCCCGCUUUGGUCGAGGUGAGUGGGAUGAGCUACUCUCAGAUGCACUAGGCCGCCGCACACCCCUCUCUCGGCGCACAGGUCACCGGUCACGCACCGCCACCGAUCCCUCCACAGCAGAUGAGCGCCGCAUUGCACGUUGCCUUCGUCUGGCGGCGUGCAAUGAGACCUCUCGGGCCUGUGCGGCUCUUGAGUCCGCGGAGGCAGCCCCAGAUACACAAGGGACGAUACAGCGCCUGCGGUCGAAGCACCCCAACACGGAGAGGCCGACCCCAGCUUGGCUGUUGCGCAAGCCCCAGACAGCUGCUCGCCUUCUUUCGGCAUGUGUCAGCACUCGCCCGCAGUACCUGUCGAGGACCGUCCCUCCCUCGCCCGCAGUGAUCUCCAGUUUUACACGGUGGGACGCACGCCUGGGAGAGACUUUUCAGCAGCUUUUAGCGUCAGGGACCUGGGCUUGUCGUGAGGACGUCCGAGAGGCCGCCCUAGACCAGAUCUUCCUCCCCAUCCGUCUCGGGGGUUUCGGCAUUUGUCGCAUGGCGCGCAUUGCCCCGAGCUUCGCUUCUGGUGAGCCAGAGCAGAUCGACCGGGCUCUGCAAACGGCGCUAGAGGGUCUCCCACCUGACGUUCUCCCUCUCCUUCCCUCCUGGCCCUCUUGCGCUUCUGCCUCCCCUGAUUCCCUUUUUGCAGGAGCGAGCCGCCUUCUGGAGGCGCAUGCCUUGGAGGCCGGGCGAGAGCAGCAGAGAGCGAACGGAGGUACAGUGGGGGGAGCGGGAUCGGGAGGGGAGGACCAGGGAGUGGGAGAGGCAGCAGGGGAUCGAGCAGGGGGGUUGGGAGGGUUGGAGGAGGGUAGAGAGGGGGAGAGGAGAGGACAGCUGGGUGGAGGAGAGGAGAGGGGGAGAGAGACGACCGGAGAGGAGGCACCGAGGGACCAGACAGGGCAGCAGCCAGCGCAGCAGCAGGGACCAGUCGGACGCACAGGCCGGGUAGGCACCUCCUCCCGCAUCCCAGACCUCACCUGCCGCGACGUUGGGCAGAGUUUGAUGGUUCUUGUGGAUGUCUCCAUAGCGGAUCCACAGCGGGAGGGUAACGUCCAGCUGAGACGGGCGACCCCCACACAGAUUGGAGUGGCAGCAGCUAGGCGUGUGCAGGAGAAGCUGCGUCACUGGGGGCCGCACUUAGAGGGUUUGCAGCCGGCACCACACUUUUACGCGUGCGUGGCGGAGACUUUUGGCCUUCUGAGCGAGCCGCUGCGUCAGUUUUUGGGGCUCUGCGCAAAGAGGAUAGCACAGCGGAGGAGGGAUAGGGGUGGGGGGGAUGACGGAUCAGCACGGAUAUUUGAGGCAGGACUCACUACACGCCUCUCCGUGGCACUGCAGCGCGCGCAGGCUCAAUGCAUCAUCCAGCAUGCGGUGCGACAGUUGGGGGGAUCCGACGACGGGUGGAUGCCCGCACCAGUCCCACUGAGUGCGGGGCAGGCCCCUACCCUCCGCGUGCCCGCUCCCUUGCCGCCUCCUUUGACCCUCCCUGCCCCCCUCGCCGUUUCCCACCGCCCGCCAUUCGCUCCUCCCCGCCCGUGCCCUCCCCUCGUUUACCUUCUCCUCCCCCCUCCCCUCCUCUGCUGCACGCCUCUUCCUUCCCCUCGCCGACCCACUCCACUCCCUGCCCCUCCUCAAUCCGCACCCUGCCCCUCGUUUCUCGCCCCCCUAUGCUUGGCUUCUCCCCUCCCUGCCCCUCGCCGCCUUUCUCCGCUCCCCACCUCCCCCCUCUCUCUGCCCCCCCACUCUCCCCCCCUUGCCCUUGGCUUCCUACCUCCCUGCCCCACCUUUCCCCCCUCUGUGUGCUCAGCUUCUCCCCUCCCUGCCCCUCCCUCCUCCCCGCCCUGCCCCUCAUUUUCCGCCCCCCCACGCCCGGUUUCUCCCCUCCCCGCACCUCCCUUUCUUUCUCCGUGCCUCUCCUUUGCUCCCUCCCUGCCCCUGCCUGCCCAUGCCCCUGUCUUUGGCUUCUCCCCUCCCUGCCCCACGUUUCUUCCCUCCCUGCCCCCCCUCUGCCCCUCCCUUGUUUUCCCCUCACCCAUUGCUUCUCCCCUCCCUGCCCUUGAUUUCCCGCACCCCUGCCCUUGUUUCCUACCAUCCAUGCCCCUCGUUUCCCCCCUUUGUACGUUCAGCCUCUUCCCUCCCUGCCCCUCCCUUCCUCCCCCCCUGCCCUUUGCUUUCCCCUCGUUACGCUCCCUUCUCCCCAUCCCUGCUGCCCUCUUACCACCAUCAGCCCAUCCCCACCACCAGCCCCCCUCCCACCCUUCUCUCCCCCCCUCCCUCUCCCUCUCCCUCUCUCUCUCUCUAUCUCUCUCUCUCUCACACACACACACACACACUCCCCUCCCCCACCCCCCACCCACAUCCUCCCAUUCUGCCCCUCCCUGCCCCUUUCCCACCCCCUCGUAUGCCCCUCACCUCCCACCUCCGUGCAACUGGUUUCCCCCCUAUGGUGCCUCCCUUGCAUCGCUCGCCCCUCUGCUCACCCUCUGCCCGCCCCUUUUCCUUGCCCUCAGCUGGGCCCAGCCCCUGCCCGUUGCUGCCCCUCCCCUUGCCCCCUCAACUCCCCUGCCCCCCGUACACCCCAGUCCCAUCCAACCGCCCCCACCCUCCCCCGGCUGCCCGUUUCCGCUCUCCACCCCCGCGACCGUGUGCGGCUUCCAACCGCCCAACGGUGGUGCGCACGGGGCGUUUCUUCGCACGGGCAAGCCUCCCCGGGGGCCCCCCACCCCGCUGAGUCGUCGUUUGGGCAAAAAAACGAGAAUAAAAGAUUCGGACGCGCAAAAAUCGUCCUUUCUUUUUCCCGCUUGCCCCUCCCCCGGCACGUGCCGAGCAAGGGGCAUAAAUGGGUACAACAUGAGGACUUCCCGGGAGUCACACCCCCUGCCCCCUCAUGCCACCCGCUCCCCCCGCCCCUACCCUCCGCGUGCCCGCUCCCUUGCCGCCUCUUUUGACCCUCCCUGCCCCCCUCGCCGUUUCCCACCGCCCGCCAUUCACUCCUCCACGCCCGUGCCCUCCCCUCGUUUACCUUCUCCUCCCCCCUCCCCUCCUCUGCUGCACGCCUCUUCCUUCCCCUCGCUGACCCACUCCACUCCCUGCCCCUCCUCAAUCCGCACCCUGCCCCUUGUUUCUCGCCCCCCUAUGCUUGCUUCUCCCCUCCCUGCCCCUCCCUCCUCCCCGCCCUGCCCCUCAUUUUCCGCCCCCCCACGCCCGGUUUCUCCCCUCCCCUCACCUCCCUUUCUUUCUCCGUGCCUCUCCUUUGCUCCCUCCCUGCCCCCGCCUGCCCAUGCCCCUGUCUUUGGCUUCUCCCCUCCCUGCCCCACGUUUCUUCCCUCCCUGCCCCCCCUCUGCCCCUCCCUUGUUUUCCCCUCACCCAUUGCUUCUCCCCUCCCUGCCCUUGAUUUCCCGCACCCCUGCCCUUGUUUCCUACCAUCCAUGCCCCUCGUUUCCCCCCUUUGUACGUUCAGCCUCUUCCCUCCCUGCCCCUCCCUUCCUCCCCCCCUGCCCUUUGCUUUCCCCUCUCCCAUCCAACCGCCCCCACCCUCCCCCGGCUGCCCGUUUCCACUCUCCACCCCCGCGACCGUGUGCGGCUUCCAACCGCCCAACGGUGGUGCGCACGGGGCGUUUCUUCGCACGGGCAAGCCUCCCCGGGGGCCCCCCACCCCGCUGAGUCGUCGUUUGGGCAAAAAAAACGAGAAUGAAAGAUUUGGACGCGCUAAAAUCGUCCUUUCUUUUUCCCGCUUGCCCCUCCCCCGGCACGUGCCGAGCAAGGGGCAUAAAUGGGUACAACACGAGGACUUCCCGGGAGGUCACCCAGCCCAGUUGCGCCAGCCCCAGACAGCUGCUCGCCUUCUUUCGGCAUGUGUCAGCACUCGCCCGCAGUACCUGUCGAGGACCGUCCCUCCCUCGCCCGCAGUGAUCUCCAGUUUUACUCGGUGGGACGCACGCCUGGGAGAUACUUUUCAGCAGCUUUUAGCGUCAGGGACCUGGGCUUGUCGUGAGGACGUCCGAGAGGCCGCCCUAGACCAGAUCUUCCUCCCCAUCCGUCUCGGGGGUUUCGGCAUUCGUCGCAUGGCGCGCAUUGCCCCGCCCAGCCGUCCCCUGGCCCCUUCCGUUUUGACACUCUGUGUCCCCCUUGGCGGGAGCCCCACUCUCCACUCCCCUGUAUGCUCCUUCCCCCCCUUCCCAGCCCGCUGUCCAUCCAGCGCCCUGAUUCAUAGCUCAUCCACACCCCCCCUGCCGCCUCUCUCUCACUUCCCACACCUCCUACUCCCCUCCAGGCAUCGUAUUCCCCACUCCCUACCGUCCCUCCCCCCACCACGCUACUCACCCCCUCCAGGAACUCAGCCCACAGACGCCAGGCCCGGCUCCCCCUCCCCCCUCCCCAUCUCAGGAACGCACAGAUACCUCAACUCCCCCCCCCUCAUACCUCCCUGCCCCGACCAUGCAGCUGCCAUAGCCAUGCCACGCCGGCCCCCCAAUGUGGGAGAGGCCGGCCCUGGUUCAGCCCGACGCUCCAGCAGGACCCAGGGCCGCCCUUCCCCCUAUCCCCCCCCUGCGCCCCCUUCCUAUGUUAAGGGAAAACAGGUCACCCGCGACCAGUCACCCACAGGCGGCACACACACUGACCCCAGAGGUAAAAAACGAGCCAUAGAAGAGACAGGGGCCCAACCACCACCGCACCAGCAGGAACAGGACCGCGAGGGUGCACACCCACGCUCCAAGACCCGGCACAUCCCAUCUGUCCCCCCACAGCCCCCCCCUCCAGGUGGCGAUGACGGUGCAGCCCAGCAGUCCAACGAUUCACCCUCCACCACACCCACCCGCACCCAUACCGAAAAAACUAAAUCACACAAACAAACAGAAGUACCGGACCCAAACCUUGGGAACACAACAGGCCCCACCCCCACUGGGGGGCUGAAAGGUAGAGCAAAGCAGGCCCGACCCGUGCCCGAGAGAGGAGGGGAGGGGAAAGGGAAAGCCAGGGCUCUGUACCUGGACGUGCAUGAGCGUAGCGCCGAGCGUAAGGCCGAGGCGAGCGGGACUGCUGCGGGAAAAAGGGCUGGGGCUGCGGGAGGUACUGCAAGGGAUGCCGUGGGGGCAGCAUGGGAUGCUAGGGGGACACCAAGGGAUACGGCGGGGACAGCAAUGGACACGGUGGGGACAGUAGAGGCUCCUGAAAAGGGCACGUCAGGGGGCGUGACUCUGGCCAGGCAAAGGGCAGAGGCCAUGGAGACAGGUUUUGCAGGAGAAGGGGCUGCAGGACCCGCUGCUGUUUCGGCUGGAGGAACUGCAGCAGGGGAAGCUAUAGGGACCGCAGCAGGUGAGGCCGCACAGACCGCAGCAGGUGAGGCUGCACAGACCGCAGCAGGUGAGGCUGCACAGACCGCAGCAGGUGAGGCUGUAGGGACCACAGCGGGUGAGGCUACAGGAGAGACCAUGGCAGGUGAGGCCGCAGGGACCGCAGCAGGUGAGGCGGCAGGGACCACAGUGGGUGAGGCUGCAGGAGGGACCAUGGCAGGUGAGGCCGCAGGGACCGCAGCAGGUGAGGCCGCAGGGGCCGCAGCAGGUGAGGCUGAGCAGAUUCUAGCAGGUGAGGCUGCACAGACUACAGCAGGUGAGGCCGCAGGGACUGCAGCAGGCAAGGCUGCAGAGACUGCAGCAGGUGAGGCUGCAGGGACCACAGCGGGUGAGGCUGCAGGAGGGACCAUGGCAGGUGAGGCCGCAGGGACCGCAGCAGGUGAGGCUGCAGGGACCGCAGCAGGUGAGGCUGCAGGGGCCGCAGCAGGUGAGGCUGCACAGACUACAGCAGGUGAGGCCGCAGGGACUGCAGCAGGUGAGGCCGCAGGGACUGCAGCAGGUGAGGCUGCAGGGACUGCAGCAGGUGAGGCUGCAGGGACUGCAGCAAGUGAGGCGGCAGGGACCGCGGCAGGUGAGGCUGAGCAGAUUCCGGUAGGCGAGGCUUCACAGACUGCAGCAGGUGAGGCGGCAGGGACUGUAGCAGGAGCGACAGGGGCCACGGUGGGGGCUGGUACAGGGGGAGGUGCUACGGGGGCUGCAGCGGGGAAGGGUGUAACGGGGACUGGUGCGAGGGAGAGUGCCGCCCCGGCUGUAGCAGGAGAGGGUGCGGCAAGGGCCGGAGUGGGAGAGGGGACAGCAGAGGCCUCAAAGGCAGAAGGUGAGGCUGCAGCUGAAGCAGCAGGGAGGGCCAUAGCACGGCCAGUAGGGGCGGCAGGGGCCGCAGCAAGCGCGGUGGAGCACACAGCAGGGCCGGCAGAGACUGCAGAAGGGGCUAGCAGUAAAGAGACAGCAGGUGGGGUGGGCUCGGGGGACAUAGGGGCAACAGGGGGAGGAGAGGCGAGCGAGGUCCCAACCGGGGGGGCCACUGAAGGGGGGGAUGUGAUAGUGAUAGAGGAGGAUGAGGUAGAGGACGGGAUGCACAUCGACGGGCCACUGGCCCACUACCUCACGCUUGACGGCGAGGCUGACUCGGCCCCCCUGCAGCCUCAUGUCAAGGUUCCCCCUCUCCCCCCCAUGCCCAACCCCAUGCUAGCAGAUGGACCGGUGGAGGGGCUGGAGGAGACUUUGAGGACAGAACCUCGCGAGGGAGACCCCAUCCUUACCCCCCGUCCUCCAGCCCACCCCCCCCCAGGAGCACCACUUCCCCACCCCCACCCUCAGGUCCCUGUAGCAUCCUGGGGGGCAGCCAAGGCCCUGGCCUUCUUGGCGGAGCCGUGCUCCCCGACCCCCACGCUGUUCCAUGACCAGCCCCCCUCUCUGUCCCCAACGCCUGACACCACGCUUACAGACGGUCCGCCAGGAGAGCACGCGGGCACGGCGAGGGCAGAGCCUCCUACACCCAGCCCCAUCCUUGCCCCUCACCCCUCCUCGCCCCUUUCCUCUCCCCUAAGAGCAGCACACUCCCGCCCCCACCCUCAGGGGCUCCCUCUAGCAUCACGGGGAGCAGCCAGGGCCCUGGCCUUCUUGGCGGAGCCGUGCUCCCCGACCCCUAACACCAUCCAGUCACCCCCCACCAGCCCACUACCCCCACCCCCUCCAGGUCCUCCCCCACCCGGGGCUAUGCACAUUUCAGAGGUUCAAACCUCAACCCUGCCACACCCGCCUCCAUCCGCGCAUUGCCCCACACCCUACACACACCCAAAUCACCCAACUCGCCACACAACCCCAACCCUCCCACCCUCCUCACACCAACCCCCCCAAGCAUCCAAGUCCCAACCACAAGGACCCCUGCCCCUAGCUCAGGGAGGCGACGACACCAUGGGCGCGGGGCCCACAGGAGGGGUUGCCAGUGGGAGGGGCUCUGGUGCCAACGUACAGCAUGGGGGCACAACCUCUGAACCUCAUUCCCCCCUCAAUCCCCCCCCUUCCACCACGCAGCCACCACAGACCUCACUCCCUCCACCACAAGCACCACGCCCUAACCUCUACAUUGCUCCAGCCCUUCGCCCCCCACCCACAACCCCCGCCUACAGCCUGCCUCACCACGAGUGGCCCCGUUGGGCAGACAUCGCCCCCCACAUACAGCCCACCACGGAGGGUGAUGUCAUGGGGAGAAGAGGGAUGCACACUGAGCUUCCUCUACCUAGCCAACCACCCAUCCUCCCCUCACCCAUCCCCUUAGCCUCUCAGCCCGCCCUUCCCUCACAACCAGACAGGGACAACCAAAACCAGGUUGGCCGUCGACGGAAGAAGAAAGGCAAAGGCGGCAAGGGGCCAGCUCACCUACUCCCCCCUCCCUCCCUUCCCCUCCAGCCGCCCCUCCUCACCCCACAUCCCACUGAACCUGCACCAGGCCCUACCCCUACAUACCAACCACCAAACUCACACCCCCCUCCCGUACCUGCCCCUCCACAGGGCCAUGGGAGCGAUCCAGCCCACUCACCCCCGGGCCGCCUCUCCCUUCCUCUAAACCCCCCCCAGGUGGCGGCAGCCGUGUGCGCUGCCGGGAUGGAGGCCGACGGGAUGAGGGAUGCGCCCAUGGCAGACGCCACCAACUCCCCUUCCCAUGCCUCCCACCCCAUCCAUGUCGACAGCCCCCUACCACAACCCAUGGUCAUUGGGGAGGGCCAAGGGGGCUUUCUAGGGCAGGGUCCACACCCGGGCUCUGCUCAGCCAGCACGCCCCACCCCACCCUCUACCCUGCCAGCCCUCCUACCCUCACCAGCAGGCAGGCAGGUCACCGGGACCCCAGAGGAGGUGAGGGCUGCCAUCUCAGAUCUGCUGGCGAUACAGAGCCCGAGCAGCCCCCCGGCUGCCCCCACCCUACCAGUCCCACAGGUCCGGACCCGGACGUAUGCGGAGGUCACCCGUUCUGUCCCUUCUUUCAACCCCCCCACUACUCAGCCAGGCGCGUCACUCCCGUCCCCGAUGGAGACGGACCUGGUUCCGAGGCCGUGUCAUUCGCACCUAGACGUGGCGGCGCCUCCCCCCGUUCAGCCCGUUGCCGACACACUACCCGCGACGCAGGAGGGCACCAACAUUAGGGAUGAGGCAUCGGCCCCUGCCGAGACCCCUCCGCCUGGGGUAGCAGAGCCGCCACUUGGACCGCACCCCGCCGAGGGACAGGGGCACACCACGGCACACACUUCUGGCUCACCUCCACGUCCCCCCCCCCUAGCUUCGGGACCGGUACCGCCACGAGGCCCAGCCCCAUCCUGUGUGGCACCACCUUUAUCUUGUCCGACACCCCCCCUGCACGGGGCCGGCGAGUCCUCUCCUCCCCUUAUCCCAGGUGAUCCUCUUGGAGUUCAGGCCGCCCAUGGGGUCCCCUCUACAGCCAGUUCCGACGCCACGGCCCCGAUCGACCCCACCGACACGGCGACGUCACCCGACCAGGUCGUGAGAUGCCCCACCUGCAGGAGCUCUCUCGCGAACCGACGCGCGCUUCAGCACCACACGCCCUUCUGCCAUCCUGCGGACGCAGCUCGUAGGGCACAGGCCCUCCACGACACCUCAUCUGUCCUCCCAUCCCUCUCGGAGCCACAGGGGACGAGGACGCAUUUCACAGAUGCACAGUGGCAGACGUUGGACUCCUUCGACUGGUCGGAGUAUUUCUCGCCAGAGCGCACCCACGCCCGCCCUCUCCGACGCAUUCCAACUAGGGUUCGCGGAGGAUAUCUUGACGUCCUCUGCACGAUCUUAGCCCGUGUAUCCCAGUAUCCCGAGGCUCCGGGCCCUACCUUCCUCCUCGCCGCUGCACCCACACUUCUCCUCACGCAGGCGACCCCGCCAGACCGCUCGCACACGACUGCCAUCGCAGCACGGGUCUCCCGCUUCAUGCGAGGUGAGUGGAUAGAGCUACUCUCUGAGGCCCUGAUCCGUCGCACCCCCCUUCCUCGACGCACAUCCCGGCGCGCACGUCCGGUCGCCACCCAGUCCACCGCAGAUGAGCGUCGCAUUGCACGUUGCCUCCGUCUGGCGGCGUGCAAUGAGACCUCACGGGCCUGCACGGCUCUUGAGUCCGCGGAGGCCGCCCCAGAUACACAGGGGACGACGCAGCGCCUGAAGUCGAAGCACCCCAACGCGGAGAGGCCGACCCCAGCUUGGCUGUCGGACUACCAGGGGACUGCUCUCGUCGCACGCCGGGGAUUCACUGUGACGGGCGUGCCGGUGGGUACCGUUUCGUUUGUGGAGCGCAGCGUCCCGGAUCGUCUCGAGAAGAUGGGGCGGGUGCUACCUUGGCUUCCGAGGUUGCGCCAGCCCCAGACAGCUGCUCGCCUUCUUUCGGCAUGUGUCAGCACUCGCCCGCAGUACCUGUCGAGGACUGUCCCUCCCUCACCCGCAGUGCUCUCCAGCUUCGCAUGCUGGGACGCACACCUGGGAGAGUCUUUUCAGCAGCUUUUAGCGUCAGGGACAUGGGCAUGCCGCGAGGACGUCAAAGAUGCCGCCAGCGACCAGAUCUUCCUCCCCAUCCGCCUUGGGGGUUUCGGCAUUCGUCGCAUGGAGCGCAUUGCCCCG